CGCGCCGACCACGAUGACGUCGCCUAACACACAAAGGACGACCAGGCAUUCGCCAACAACACCGACACCCUCGCUUGGGCUUCAACACAGCAUACGUAGUCGACAUGGCAAAGAAAGGCUCAACGAAGCCUCGCCCCGCAGCCGUCGAGCAGCGACCCACCAAAAAAGCAAAAGUCGUCCAGGAAGAACCUGCCGAGGAACCCGAACAUGACACCCCCGUCGACGAAGACGCCUUUGCAAUGCAAGGCGCUACCGCUGACGACGUCGAGAGCGGUGAAGAGGAGUUCGACAGCGACGACGACGAGGAGGAAGCGGACGAGCAGGACGAAGAGGAGGACGAGGAGCCUGUGAAAGUCGGUUCCAAACGGUCUCGGUCUGACUCAGACGACGGCGAGACGAAGGAGAAGAAAGAGUCGAAUAUCGUGGACCACUAUAAGGGCGAGGGUGUUAUCGAGCUUGAUCGCUCAACAUCCAUAACAGCAGAAGUGAACAGGGACUUUUCCUCUCUAAAAGUAACCGAACAGACCGCAAAAGCGAUCGCGGAAAUGGGGUUCACGAAAAUGACCGAGGUGCAGGCGAGGAGUAUUCCGGCGUCGUUGACAGGGAGGGAUAUUUUGGGUGCGGCCAAGACGGGGAGUGGGAAGACGCUUGCGUUUUUGAUUCCGGCUAUUGAGAUGUUGGUUAGAUUGAAGUUCAAGCCUAGGAAUGGCACAGGAAUCGUCGUCAUCUCACCCACGCGCGAGCUCGCCCUACAAAUCUUCGGCGUCGCAAAAGAGCUCAUGAAGCACCACCACCAGACCUACGGGAUCGUGAUGGGCGGUGCGAACCGCAAAGCCGAGGCGGACAAGCUGGGCAAGGGUGUCAAUUUGUUGAUUGCGACCCCCGGACGGUUGUUGGACCAUUUGCAGAACACCAAGGGGUUUGUGGUCAAGAACUUGAAGUGUUUGGUUAUUGAUGAGGCGGAUCGGAUCUUGGAGGUUGGGUUUGAGGAGGAGAUGCAUCAGAUUGUCAAACUGCUUCCCAACGAACGCCAAACUAUGCUCUUCUCCGCCACCCAAACCACAAAAGUCGAAGACCUCGCCCGCGUCUCCCUCAAAAAAGCGCCGCUCUACAUUAAUGUCGACGAACACAAAGACAUGGCAACCGCCGAAGGCCUCGAGCAAGGCUACGUCGUCUGCCCCUCCGAAAACCGGUUCCUCCUUCUCUUUACCUUCCUCAAGAAAAACCUCAAAAAGAAGAAAAUCAUCGUCUUCUUCUCGUCUUGCAACAGCGUCAAGUACCAUGCGGAAUUGUUGAAUUAUAUCGAUAUACCGGUGUUGGAUUUGCAUGGCAAACAGAAGCAGCAGAAACGGACGAAUACGUUCUUUGAAUUUGUCAAUGCUGAGAGUGGGAUAUUACUUUGUACCGAUGUCGCCGCACGUGGGUUGGAUAUCCCCGCUGUCGACUGGAUCAUCCAGUUCGACCCGCCAGAUGAUCCCAGGGAAUACAUCCACCGAGUAGGCCGAACCGCCCGCGCCUCCGCCAAAGGCCGCGCCCUCCUCUUCCUCCUCCCCCAAGAACUCGGCUUCCUCCGUUUCCUCAAACACGCACGCGUCCCCCUCAACGAGUACCAAUUCCCCCCUACGAAAAUCGCCAAUGUCCAAUCACAGCUCGAGAAACUGGUCGACAAGAAUUACUACCUGAACCGCAGCGCCAAGGAUGGGUAUCGGUCGUACCUCCAAGCCUACGCAUCCCACUCGCUCAAGAAGAUAUUCGAUGUCGCGGAAUUGGAUCUACAGAAAGUCGCACGGGCCUACGGGUUUACCGUACCACCGUCUGUGAAUCUGGUGGUCGGCGCGAGUGGGAAGACGGAUCGGAAGGCGAGGAGACAGGGGGGUGGACAGGCGGGGUACCAGGGGAAAGGUGCGGGGAAGGAGUUUUUCAAGAAGAGGGAGCAGGGGGCGCCGGUUGGCGAGAGGAGGGAUGGGAGGCAGUGGACUCGGUAGAGGGGCGAGUAGGGUAGGGUAGGCUUUAGGGUAGGGUUUAGGGUAAGGGUGAAUUCAGAAGGAGACCCGCACACACACACACACACACACACACAACGAGAUAUGCAACCCAUCUCACACGCACACACACACACGUUUAUCAUUAUCACAAGC